UCCAAACUUCGUCCCGUUCCGGUGUCUUAGACUUUCGACAAGCACCAUGGCCAACGGUCAGCAGAUCCAACACGUGGAAGAGCCUAAGACGGCGGUUACAAACGAGGAGGUCCAGAAAUCCAUCGUUGUCGAUACCGUCCACGGUGAUGAAGCCCUCAAGGUCAUUGCUGCCGCGGGCGGAGACGAUGUCUGGGAGGACCUGGAAGAGAAGAAGGUCGUCAGGAAGAUCGACAGAAAAUUAAUGCCUAUUUUGUGUGUAACGUAUGGCGUCCAGUAUUAUGACAAGGCCAUGUUGGCACAAGCGGCUCUUUUCGGCUUGCGAACCGACCUCGAGCUUGAAGUUGGCAACCGGUUUGUCUUUUCAUCCGCCAUCUUCUACCUCGGCUUCAUCAUUGGUGCCUACCCUGCGAUGAUGAUGGCUCAGAGAUGGCCGAUCGAGCGUGUUGCCGCCGGUAUUACGUUCAUCUGGGGAAUUUGUGUCAUGUCGAGCGCAGGUUGCAAGUCGUACGGCGCGUUCUAUGCACAGAGAUUCUUCCUCGGUGUCAUUGAGGCUGGAAUCUCCCCACUUUUCAUGCUUGUUGUCGGAGGCUGGUACAAGAAGAACGAGCAGGCUUUGAGAAUGGGCGCUUGGUACUGCUGCACAGGCUACAUCUCCAUCAUCUCUCCGAUCAUCAACUACGGUCUUGGCCAUAUCACAGGAGGCUCUCUGCACCCAUGGCAGUAUAUGUACCUUUUUGCGGGUGGCAUCACCACUCUCUGGUCGGUGGUUGUUCUGUUCUUCCUUCCACCCGACCCUAUCCGAGCCACAGGCUUCAACGCUCGCGAGCGAUACAUCGCCGUGGCCCGCCUUCGAUCCAACAAUGCCGGAGUCCGCAACCUGCACUUCAAGAUAUCGCAUGUCAUUGACGCUCUGACCGACAUCAGAUUCGGCAUCAUGUUCUGCACAACGUUCCUGAUGUUCUUCGCGAAUGGACCUAACUCGACCCUCUCGGCCAUUAUCGUCAACAGCUUCGGCUUUUCUACGCUCAACUCCCUGCUUCUUGUCACGCCUGCGGGUUUCCUGUCUGGGACGGUGGAAUUGACUGUCUGCUACCUCGCCUAUCGCUUCAAGAACAUUCGAAUAUACUUGUUUGUGGUCUGUGUGUGCGCGACUAUCACCUCAUGCUGUCUCCUGUGGCAGUUGCCCCGCCAUGACAAGGUCGGCCUGCUGAUCGCUAUCACUUUCCUCCCCAGCUUCGGAGGUGGCUACGCUCUCUUGAUGGGCCUGCAGAUUGCAAACACUGCUGGAUACACCAAGCGGUCUGUGACAUCUGCGGGUCUUUUCGUCGCUUGGUGCCUCGGCAACUUCACCGGGCCUCUACUGUUCAAGUCCCAAGAUGCUCCCGUUUACGGCCCCGGGUUCAAGGUCGUUGUGGCAGGCUCUGCUGCAGCCGUUGGGCUUGCAAUUCUCUACAGAUUCGUUUGCAUGUGGGAAAAUCGACGAAGGGACAGGGGAGGAGUUUCCGAGGCUUUCGAGCAUGCUUACAACGAUGACUUGACAGACAACACGAACAAACAGUUUAGAUAUGUUAUGUGACCAUGCUCGAGGGAGGAAGCAGGUUUGCUGUUCAGACAGGUGUGGGAAUCCGAUGCAAUUACCUAGGCAGGAUUGGGAAGGCCUCAGCAGAUAAUGCCCGCUAUCACUUCCAGCCGGCGCAGCUGUGGAUGAUUAUAGUAACGAUAUCGAAGGAGGACACCCCUCGUCUAGAGCGCCAGCUCUUCUAUUCUUGGGCGCCCAUUCUAUUUGACCCUUGGCUCCUUCAAAUCGGUACAGUAACUCGGAAGAUUAUAAUCUGGCCUUGAUAUCCUGCAUCAGCAUGUCCUUGAGCUCAUUCUUCAUGACCUUGCCGUUGGCAUUCCUGGGAAGCUGAUCAAUGAAUCUGAUUCCUCCUCUGAGCUGCUUAUACCC